GGUGUCCUUCCUUUAAUUUCUUCCUGGAGAAACAACACCGAGUGCAAAAGGACGCAUUAAAAGGCGACUGGCUUCUGUCACAACACAGAAUAAACCCAGGCAUUUUUCAAUACCCAUGCUGCUGUGCGGUGUUUCGGUCGUAAGCCGAACGCUAACGAGAUGGGGACAGAAGUCACACCGAGGAGGUGGCCUCCUCCGCCGGUCCUUCCUGUGUAGCACUAGCCGCUGUCAUGGUGUUUCCGCGGGCGAGGGCAGCAGACAGUCCGCUGAGACGGGCUCUGCUCAGGGACUGUACCGGGACACCGUGCUACUUCCUCGGACGGAAUUCCCCAUGAAACUGGCGGGACAGAAGCUGCUCGACAGGGAAGUGGAGAUACAAGAGAAGAGUGGGUUUUCAAGUUUGUACACCUGGCAAAGUGAGAGGAAAGGCAAGAAGUUUUGCCUUCAUGACGGACCCCCAUACGCAAAUGGAGACCCACACGUAGGACAUGCUCUCAACAAGAUUCUAAAAGACAUCCACAACCGUUUUGAGAUGCUGCGGGGCCGACAGGUCCACUACAUCCCGGGCUGGGACUGCCACGGUCUUCCAAUUGAGCUAAAAGCUCUGGGUGAGCUCGGUGCUGUGGAUCUCAGUCCCCUGCAGAUCAGGCAGAAAGCUCGUGAAUUUGCAAAGGGGGCCAUAGAGCGUCAGAAGGCUGCUUUCCAACGCUGGGGGGUGAUGGCCGACUGGGGACAAUGCUACUACACUUAUGACGGUGCCUAUGAGGCUGCACAGCUGAAAGUGUUCCGGGAGAUGCACAGCAAGGGGUUCAUCUAUCAAGAUUACAAGCCUGUUUUUUGGUCUCCCUCAACAAGAACUGCGUUAGCAGAGGCAGAACUGGAGUACAAUCCUGGGCAUAUCAGCAAGACCAUCUACGCCACAUUCCCACUAGACACACUACCACCAAAGAUGACAUCUAACGAAGUUCAGGACAAUGUUUCUGUGCUGGUGUGGACCACGCAGCCUUGGACUAUCCCUGCUAACCAGGCAAUCUGCUACAUGCCAAAUGCCCAGUACUCAGUGAUGAAAAGGAAAGACAACUCCCAACUACUCUUAAUGGCUACCGAGCGCUCUGUCAGUAUCGCGGCAGUGUUAGGAACAGAACUGGAGAGUGUUGUCACCCUCACUGGCUCAGAACUAGAGGGUGGGAUCUGCAAGCAUCCCACUAUUGCCAACAAGGAAGUACCACUCAUACCUGCCAAUCAUGUGACCAUGGCUAAAGGAACAGGAUUGGUCCAUACGGCGCCAUCUCAUGGCAUGGAGGAUUACAGCGUGGCCUCGCAGUUUAAACUCCCUGUGGAGUGUAUGGUGGACGAGGAUGGAAAGUUCACAGAGCUGGCAGGUCCUGAGCUCGAGAAUCUGUCUGUGUUAAAAGAAGGCAAUGAAAAAGUGAUCUGCAUGCUGAAGGAGUGUGGGGCUUUGCUAAAGGAGGAGGAUUGCAUCCAUAGUUACCCAUACGACUGGAGGACAAAGCAACCAGUUGUCAUCCGGCCCAGCAAACAGUGGUUUAUCAACACAGGCUCACUGAAGGACAAGGCAAAAGAGGCAUUGGCAAAAGUUCGCAUUUUGCCCGAGUCCGCAAGGAGCAGCCUUCUGACCAUGCUAGACCGACGCACUUACUGGUGCAUCUCGCGCCAGCGCAGCUGGGGAGUCCCUAUCCCUGUCUUUUACCACAGAGAGACUGGCGAAGCGCUCAUCAACAAACACACAGUGGCCCACAUCGUGACUCUCUUCAAGGAAAAAGGGAGUGACUGUUGGUGGGAGCUACCAAUCGACACUUUACUACCAGCAGAUGUACUCAAGAAGAGUAAAGCAGGACCAGUAAGUGACUACGUCCGCGGAGAGGACGUGCUUGACAUUUGGUUUGACAGUGGUACUUCAUGGGCGGCCGUUCUAGAAGAAGAGCUGGAGGCGGACUCUGAGGAGUCCGAGUCUCGUCUCAGCUGGCUCCCGGCGCCACUGCGUAAUCCGCUGGUCACAGAGACAGACGGCAAGGCAGAUGCCUACGUGGAAGGGAAGGACCAAAUCGGAGGCUGGUUUCAGUCGUCACUGCUCACCAGUGUUGCCGUCAAGAACAAGGCACCAUACAAAUCACUGGUGGUCCAUGGUUUUGCAGUCAGUGAGAAGGGUGAGAAGAUGUCCAAGUCUGUUGGGAAUGUCGUGGAUCCAGAUACCGUCAUCAAUGGCGGGAAGGACGACAGCACACCGGCCUACGGAGCAGAUGCGCUGCGAUGGUGGGUGGCUGAGUCCAACAUAUUUUCCGAGGUUCAAAUCGGACCUUCGGCCCUAAACUCUGCCCGGGACAACAUCAACAAGCUAAGAAAUACGUUACGCUUCCUGCUCGGCAACCUGAACGGCUUUGACCCGCAGACUCAGGCUGUGGACCCCAAACAGAUGUUCUACAUCGACCAGUACAUGCUACACCUGCUGCGGGAGUACAGCAUGAAGGUGACCGAUGCUUACAAUGAGUUUGAUGCUGGCCGAGUUAUACGCCUCCUCCAAGCAUUUAUGACCAGAGACCUCUCCAACUUUUAUUUCAGCAUCAUCAAGGACAGAUUGUACUGCGAAACUGAGGACUCGCUAGGCCGAAGAUCAUGUCAAACUGUUUUAGAGGAGAUUCUGGACGGGGUGACGAGAUCCAUCGCCCCCAUCUUGCCUCAUCUGGCCGAAGACGUGUAUGCACAUACACCAGGACAUGACAAGGACGAAACGCUCUUCAGGAGUGGGUGGCUCAAAUGCAGCUCUGUGUGGAGGCGACCCGGACUGGAGGAGGCAGUGGAGGGGGCGUGCGCUAUCAGGGACUCCUUCUUGUCUUCCAUUCCAGGCAAAAACGCGGCGCAGUAUGACCUCACGAUCGCCAUUGAGCCCGGGCUUCUGUUUGAACUGAUGGAGUCCCUCCAAGAGGAUCCCUCAUCCACUUCAUCACAGCUUGUUGAGCUCAUGAUGUCAGCUCGGGUCAACCUGACCAGCACGAUGCCCCGUGACCUUCCCCCUGAAACGCUCACGAGCCACGGCACAUUCCUCAUCAACUUGGAAGGUGGUGUUAUUCGAGAGGAAAGUAGCUACACCAUAGCAGCGGUGCCCACCUCUGCCGAGCGAUGUCCCCGUUGUCGACGCUACACCACGGAGUCUGCAGACUGCUUGUGCCCGCGCUGUCAGACUGUCGUCACCAAAGCGCAGUAACAUGCUAAAAGCGGCCCGUCACCAUGGAAAUGUGCUGGCUCCGUUCUCGCUCAAGAUCAAGUAACCCAAAGGGCUUCCCUGGAGACUUUUACAUUUCCUACUCAUGAUGAUGAGAUGGUUUACUGUAUUUAUCAUGGAAUGCACUCGCUGACGAUUAGUCCACAUGGGAGCUUAAUGAAAAGGCUUUUAUUUGUGUGUGUGUAUAUAGGUAUGAAGAAUGAGUUGAUUACAAGUGUCACUAUGUGAUCAUGACAGCAGUGUACGAGGAGUCUCCCCUUGUAUAAUAAAUUGUAUGUAAAUUGCACUUAUAUGUGGGAAAAGUUCAUUAAAACCAAUUUGUGUACAUUGUUUGCGGUUUAACCCCUUCAAGGUCAGUGGUCGGCUAUUCAACAUUUAUACUCCAGACCUUUAACCCUUUAUAGGGCAAGUGACUUUAUGGUCAUUUAAAAAAUUACGAGCAAUUUUUAUAAACCAUUGUAUUUGCAAUCA